AUGAAUCACAAACACCAACAUCCUUACAUUAAGUUGGAGCUCCUCCUGCUUUACAAUACAUUAUUUUAUCAGGUAAAUAAAAUGAUUAAUAAAAUUCUACCUUUAAAGCUGCUGACAACCCUAAAUCUGUAUGUACUUUAUUGAUAAAGUCAUUAGUUGCAAAUACACCUGUUUCUGAUGCACAACAUUUAGUAUUAUUUUAGAUACAUCCAGUAAUGUAAUUAUCAAAAUCUCUUUAACUAGUAAGUGAAGGGAUAUCUGCACAUAUUGCACCAUUAAAAACUAUAAUGAAUGUUGUAGCUGUAUUUAUACAGAAUUUAUUACUAUCUUUGGUUGGUUGGGCUAAACAAUAUGUAGGUUUUAAUGCAGGUAUAACACCAGAAUUUGCAUUAUUGGUUUAUAAAUAUUUAGUUUUAUCACUCUCUAAGUUUCAAUAAUCAGUAGUUUAUAUUAUACUUUUGCGAUAAAGAGAUUUUUAUGAAUAUGUUUUAAAUGUACUUGGGAUUUUUGUAAGAAAAUUACCUGUAGUAACAGCAGUAUGA